UCUUCUGGAAACCCACCCAGAGCCCCCACCCUCUGACACCAUGGUCAACUCCUGUUGUGGAUCGGUCUGCUCUGACCAGGGCUGUGGCCAGGAGACCUGCUGCCGCCCCUCCUGCUGCCAGACCACCUGCUGCAGGACCACCUGCUGCCGCCCCAGCUGCUGUGUGUCCAGCUGCUGCCGCCCCUCCUGCUCCGGUUCCAGCUGCUGUGGCUCCAGCUGCUGCAGGCCCAGCUGCUGCAUCUCUAGCUGCUGCCGCCCCACCUGUUGCCAGACCACCUGCUGCCGCCCCAGCUGCUGUGUGUCCAGCUGCUGCCGCCCCUCCUGCUCCAGUUCCAGCUGCUGUGGCUCCAGCUGCUGCAGGCCCAGCUGCUGCAUCUCUAGCUGCUGCCGCCCCUCCUGCUCCAGUUCCAGCUGCUGUGGCUCCAGCUGCUGCAGGCCCAGCUGCUGCAUCUCUAGCUGCUGCCGCCCCUCCUGCUGUGGCUCCAGCUCCUGUGGCUCCAGCUGCUGCCGCCCCUCCUGCUGCUGCCCCUCCUGCUGCCUGCGCCCAGUCUGUGGCCGGGUCUCCUGCCACACUACCUGCUAUCGCCCCACCUGUGUCAUCUCCACCUGCCCCCGCCCCAUGUGCUGUGCCUCCUCUUCCUGCUGAGCCCCCUGUCCUGUGACCACUAUUUCCAUUUACCUCUGCCCCACAGAUAAAGACCCUUCUUUUGCGCUGAGUGUUAGGACACAUGGAGUCUGGUUAACAUCAUUGAACAGUUGAGCCUCAUGAUUCCAGGGAUCCCACCACCAUCCCAUUGACUCAGUACAUUCUGGUUUAUGUUAAGCUCCUUCCAUUAUUAUCUUUUCCUUUCAGUAUUGGCACCAAAUAUGUAUAUUAAUUUGUAACCUAUCAGCUAAAAAAUUAUCCCAUUCCUCUAAAUUUGUCAUUCUUCCUUAUCACUUUGGGGCUCUAGAUUAUCCUUCCUAACAAAAUGAUUAUCUGCAACUCCUGUGCCAUACUGAUUUGACACUCUCUGAUCUGAGGUUCAGUUAUACCCUAAGACCUGGGGGUCCAAUUAUGUAUUUUCUGAAGGAGUGAAUUUCUUAUGUCUUGUUGCUUCUCUGCUUUUAAUAAACUUUUCUACACAUAAAAA